GCUCAGCCUAGUCUUUCGGCAACAUGCGGCCGGCUGCGGUGCUCCUGGCGCUCCUGGUCUGUGCGGCCUCGGCGAAUCGCGUGAAGCGACAGGAUGCGGAGGGCACCGAAGAAGAGGCCAUCAAGGCCAUCUGUACUGACAAGACGGCCGGAGAAUGGUUCCGUCUGAACGCCGGCGCUGCCUCCUGCAACAAGGUCGUGCAGUGCACCGCGGCGGGUCUGCAGCAGCUCAAAUGCCCGACCGGACUGGCGUUUGACCUCAAGGGUCAGACGUGCGACUGGAAAGCCAGCGUCCAAGACUGUGAGCUCAAGCAGCGACCGAAACUGGCGCGGCCACAGUUCAACACAGAAGACCCGCUCUGUCUCGACGCCAACGAAUUGGCCUGCGGCGACAACACGUGCCUGGCCCGCGAGCUGUUCUGCGACGGCAACGUCGACUGCACCGACGGGUCGGAUGAGAACAUCUGCGACCGAGAGAACGACCCGAACCGGGCGCCGCCAUGCGACCCGACCACUUGCCAGCUGCCGUCGUGCUUCUGUUCGGAGCUGGGCACCACCGUGCCAGGCGGACUGGCGCCGGCCGACGUGCCGCAGAUGAUCAUGAUCACCUUCAACGGCGCCAUCAACAACAACAACAUCGACCUGUUCGACGACCUCUUCCUGCGCGCUGGCGUCAACCCCAAUGGCUGUCCGAUAAAGGGCACGUUCUUCGUGUCGCACAAGUACACCAACUACACGGCCGUGCAGGACUUGCACAACCGCGGUCACGAGAUCGCCGUCUUCUCCAUCACGCAGAAUGACGAGGUCAACUUCUGGUCGAACGCCUCCCGGACCGACUGGAGCAAAGAGAUGGCCGGCCAGCGCUUCAUCAUCGAAAAGUUCUCCGCCAUCGAUGACAACUCGGUGGUCGGCAUGCGCACGCCUUACUUGCGCGUCGGUGGCAACAACCAGUUCUUCAUGAUGAAGGACCAGAGCUUUUUGUACGACUCGACCAUCACGGCACCGCUGAGCGACAUUCCCAUCUGGCCGUACACGCUACUGAACCAGAUGCCGCACGCCUGCCACGGCAACGCUCAGAAGUGUCCGACACGCGCCUUCCCCGUCUGGGAGAUGGUGAUGAAUGAGCUGGACCGCCGCGAGGACCCGAGUGUGGACGAUAAUCUUCCCGGCUGCGCUCAGGUGGACUCCUGUUCCAACAUCCUCAACGGCGAGCAGUUCUACAACUUCCUCAACCACAACUUCGACCGCCACUACCUGACCAACCGUGCGCCGCUCAGUCUCAACUUCCAUUCCGCCUGGUUAAAGAAGGAAGAAUACCUCGAUUACCUGCUCUACUUUAUCCAGGAGAUCCAGGAAACCUUCCCUGACGCCUACUUCGUGACCAUGACGCAGGUGAUCGAGUGGAUGCAGAGCCCACUCACAAUUGCCGAAACCGCGAAUUUCGAUUUGUGGAAGACCAAGUGCGAAGAGCCCCUCGGCUUCCCCUGUUCCAAGCCGGGAGGCAACAACUGUGCCUUGCGCGCCAGCGGAGUUCAGGGCACCUUCAACAUGCAGACCUGCCUGCGGUGCCCCAACGACUUCCCCUGGCUGAACGACCCGACUGGAGAUGGCACCCUGUAGAUCGUUGGCGACGCACCACCGGCUCCCGGAGGCGCUAACGUAGCUCGCGUCGUAUGUUGACAUGCCGUCAGUGAGUCAUCCAAAUCGCGGUGUUGAGGCAAGUACGACCUCACUGUGAACUAUUGCCCAUCAUGUAAUCUUAAGCGUGACAUUCGGUGUUCUUUCCAUCGACUGCGAUUCGUUCGGGAACUGGCAACACUCAGAUUAUCAACAUGAUAGGAAGGCAUCAGAUCCUUCCGUUCAUCGCUCCCGCUUUUUUAGUGGUGCGAACACUUCGUCCGGCAUAACAUGACUUAGCUAUCUCCACUUCUAUCAAGUUUCAGUCGAGCACCCCCUUCACUCCAUCGAUGCACUGCGAUCGGUCAGAUCGCCACAAGCCACAAAACCAACUCUCUCCCUCGCUGUCUGCCUCUUCAACGCAUUCAAAGUCGCUUCCGUGGCAGGGCCCGCUCUGGCCCGCGCGUCACCCUGAGCGUCGCGGACGGUCUGGCCGCCGAUGACCGGGUGUCGGACGGCGCGGCGAGCCGGACUGGCACGGGACGAGGCCGAGGCCCGGUCCCGGUCCCGCGUCGGGUCGCGACCCCGCGUCCGGCGGGGCCGCCACACCUUGUUGAUAUGUUGUUGCCAAGUACAAAGGCACAGCGGAGGCUGCGUUCUGACGGCGCCCGGCCGCGUCCCGCCGUGACCUGCUGUGAUGAGCGCGGCGGCCCUCCGGCGAGCGGACGGGCGGUGUGUGCUGCGACUGUGUGAGAGAGCUGUUGGUAGGAUAAUACAGGUCGGCCGCGCCGCCGCCGCACCGUCGUCGUCA